AUGGACUCCUACAUGACGCACGAGGACUCUAGGCCGCCGGCCGACGCGUACCGACGACGCUCUCCUGGCCCAGGAGACCGCAGAGCUCCCCGACGUCGCUCACGCUCGCCCCAGAACAUUGAUCGCUAUCAGCCAGAUCGAGCACGCGAUUACGAUGGCCCACGUCGCGAUGGCGGCAGACGACGUUCCUCGCCUCCGCCACUGCAGGCUGGCAUCGAUCGCUACGUUCCAGGCCAGGACAGCUUCGCACCGACCUUUACGACGAACCCGAUCACAAACCCGAUGAACCUGGAAUAUCAAGUUGGUUUCAAUUACUUUGCUGAGUGGUGGCGCGUCGAGCAAGUCAUGAAGGAGGAGAAGGAGCGUGCCAAAAACGGCGGUCGCAAGCCAGUCCUCAAGGGCGAUCGCGAGGCCCGCGAAGAGCGCACAAAAGAGCGCGAGCAGAUUCAGGCUGCAUACGACGAAUACAAGGAGAAGCUGCAGGUGCAAAUGGCCAAACAUUUUGUUGACAAGCAUAAAGGCGAGGAAUGGUUCAAGGAGCGCUACGAUCCUGACUACGACCUCGCCUUCAAGGAAAAGCUGCGGAAUUACCGCCACAACAUCUACACUGACUGGGAGCGCCAGCUGGAGGAGGGUUAUUAUGACGAAUUUACGCUCGAGGGCAUCUACAAGAACGAUUCGAACGGCGCUGGGGGUAUUGUGGAGAAGGAGGAGGGCGAGACCACUGCUGCCAAUGAAGUCUUGGGCGUAGGAGAUCUGCUGCCCUGCAAAGGUGGUGAGAUUCGCGAUGAAUCCGCCUUCCAACCCACGCUACUAAUCAAGACGAUUGCGCCUACCGUCAACCGUGAAAAGGUAGAAGAGUUCUGUAAGGAGCAUCUAGGCGAAGGUCCCGGUGGCUUCAAGUGGCUCAGCCUCAGCGAUCCCAAUCCCCUCAAAAAGUGUCACCGCAUCGGCUGGGUCAUACUCAACCCGAGUGACGAGCAACCCAUGGCUAUCGACGAUCGACAAGCCUGA